UGAAUUAUAAUUGCUAUAGGUAUUAGGUGCCUGGGGAGUGGGGAUUGGGUUGGGAAAUUUGGAUGGAUGGAAUGGAGAUUACUCAGUUCACUUACUUCCACCAGGCUGGAAGUCUUCCAUUGAUGCCUGUUUCAGUUGAAAUUACCUAUGAUCUUGAGCGAAUCAUUAUGUUGCUUCAGGGAGCUGAUCACUUUAAGAAAAUUUGAUAUGCUGAUGGAAUAACAUACGGGGAGCUUUUUCUGAAAAAAUGAGAAGGAGAUGAGUGCUUAUUAUCUAGAGCAUGCCAGUGUAGAUCACAUUCAUAGUCAUUUUGAUCAAUUCGAGGCUGAAGCUCGCCGCUUGCUUGACUUGGGCGUUGCGAUUCCUGCGUAUACUCUUUUGAAGACAUCUCAUGCUUUCAAUGUCUUGGACUCUAGAGGAUUUGUGGGGGUAACAGAACAUGCUCGUUAUUUUGGGCGUAUGCGAAGUUUAGCCCGCCAAUGUGCUCAACACUGGUUAAAGACAAGGGAGUCUCUUGGGUACCCCUUGGGCUUUGCUUCUAAUCCUAACCACCUUGGAUUCCAAAAAGAAGAUAUAGAGGAACUCAAGAUUAAGGUUUCUGAACGACCUCGGUCUUUUAUUCUUGAAAUUGGGACGGAGGAGUUGCCGCCAAAUGAUGUUGUUAAUGCUUGCAAUCAACUAAAAGAUUUAGUCAAGCAGUUACUGGAUAAACAAAGAUUGAGUCAUGGAGAUGUGGAAACAUUUGGAACUCCACGUAGGCUUGUGGUCCAUGUCAAUGACCUGAUUGCCAAGCAGGUGGCCAAUGAAGUUGAGGUAUUAUGUGCCUGGGGAUUGGGUUGGGAAGUUUGGAUGGAUGGAAUGGAGAUUACUCAAUUCGCCUACUUCCAUCAGGCUGGAAGUCUUCCAUUGAUGCCUGUUUCAGUUGAAAUUACCUAUGGUCUUGAGCGAAUCUUUAUGUUGCUUCAGGAAGGAGAUGAGUGCAUAUAGUCUGGAGCAUCCAGUGCAGAUCAAAAUAAUAGUCAUUUCGAUCAAUUUGAGGCUGAAGCUCAUCGCUUGCUUGACUCGGGCCUUGCAAUUCCUGCAUAUUUUUCUGUACUGUUCUACCACUUUCUUGCAUUAUAGUCAAUUAAGGAAUUUUCUGGUUUUUUAUGUUGCAGUUCACAUCCUUCUCUAUAUUUUUCUUUAAGGUUAGGUAUGAUCUGCUUUUAAAGACAUCUCAUUGCUUUCAAUGUCUAGGACUCUAGAGGAUUUGUUGGGGUGACAGAAUGUGCUAGUUAUUUUGGGCGUAUGCAUAGGUUGGUCAUCUGUUUGAUUGUUUUGUUAAAGCAUGUGAUCAUUAUUGAGGAAUAUUAUAAGCAUGUUUAUUAAUUGGUUUGUUCUUAUA